AUGAAAAAGAAUAUCUGCCCUGAGCAAACAAAGUGCAUUCCUGACGACUCUUCAGCUGGUUAUAUUUGCAAAUGCCUUGAUGUCGUCUUCUACGGCUUGGAAGGAAAAGUCGAGAAGACAAAAACCAUCACGAUGGAGAACUUUUCCGGGAAUUCGACAGAUCCGCUUUGUCUUCCGGUUCAAUCAUCGACAAGAAAACCGCGAAAGACUUUGAGAAUCAACUUGAAAUCGACAGCUGAAAAUUUUGGUGGUUUGGAGAAGCCGUGUCCGUACGGCGUUCUUUAUGAAUUUUUCAAAUUGGAGGUCGGAAAAGAAGCGAUAAAGCGACCGACGAGGAGGCCGGAUGCGAUUGAUAAGAUUCUCGAGAGGCAGGACAAGUUGCUCAAGGGGCUGAUGGGAGAUAUUGACAGGGGGUGGAGGAGAAGAUGUGGUCCACGUUGCAGUGGAGAUAUUUGCUCGUUGGAAGAAAUUCGAGCAUAUCAUGACCAGUCCAUCCGGCUUAUCAAGAGUCAAAAUCAAAUCCAACGGGCUCUCAUCAAAUUCAUCGAAGAACGCGUCUCAAGCGACGACCCAUUUCUUUGUGGAGAGUUUCGCGACCGAUACCUCCAAAAACAACGAAGAAUUUUCUUGAAACUCGAUCGCGUCACUUCCAAACGACCUCUUUAA